AUGACAUUGAAUUCGACGGCGCCGCUGGCGACAGCACCCUCGCCGCCUCCCAUCUCGUCUGUCCCUCCCCUCCUCUUCGUCGAGCCGGGACAAAGUGCAUUCGAUGGGAUUGGGCUCCCCGCCUUUAGUCAGCCGGCCUUCGACGGUCUUGGUGAACCAUCUCUUGGGGGCUCCGGGCAGCCGGCUUCCAGCGGUCUUGGUCAAGCUGCUCUCGAUGCCUACGGCCACCGAGACGAUCCAGUUUUGUGGACUAACGCGCUUCCUGGCGAUGAGGCCGGCUUGGACUUUGGCGCGUUUAUGACGGACAUGGACGCACCUGUGAUGGACAUGAAUGUGCCCACAAUGAAUGUGGCCGAACCUGCGAGGGACAUCGCUGCACCCACAAUGAACCUGGCCGCGCCUGCGAAGGACCGACAAUGGACUUCUUGCGUCAUCAGAACAUGGACUUCCCCCUGCCAGCUCAGCUGGCUGAGCCUGCGAACGAACCGGCAUGUACCCCGCCUCGCGCAAUCCCACCCUCGCCUUGCACAGUGCCUCCUCUGCCUGGUCUCUCGUCGCCCUCUCGCGAACCUCAUGGUGCUCGCUCAUCUCGUGAUCUGGAUCCUUGACCCUCUCGAAGCGUGA